AUGGACGUCGAUCAACCCAGCGCGCUCGCCGCUCCGGAUACCUACCGAAAUCACCCCCGAAUAAACGCUGUCGCCGGACCAUCCAGGAUAUCCCCGCUACCGAACCUCUUCCUACCCCCACCGAAUCCCUUGCAGCCUCAGACGCACUUGAGGAGCACAGAGGAUCUCGUCACUCGGUUCAAUCUUCUCUCCGCAUACGAUAAAUACGUCCGGCCGUUCGCAGUCCCAGCUCGAGCGCAAGACGAAACCAAAGGGCCGGAACCUACGACGCCGAUAGGCACAGACAGAUGGAAAGGGAAACAGAGGGAGUCGUCUGUUCCUUGUGCCGCACCAACUCCGGCGGGCUUAAACGACGGCGAUGGCGACGACGACGAAGGGGGCAAAGGGGACAAGAAAAGGAAGAACAACUACAGGCAUCUCAUUAGGGGCAUACCUGGCAAGCACUCGAUGAAGAAGGACGAUUAUCUCACGACUAUGAUGCAAGUGCCACCAAAACAACGAAACAACAUUCAGCCCUUCGACCUUAGAACGCAACGAGAAGCGUUUUCAGUUAGUUUGACAGGGUUACAGAGCUGGAACCCCACUGCGCUCGUCGGCGAGUCGCAGCAGGCACGAGAGGACAGGAAGAGGCGCAAGGAGCUCAAAAAGCUUGCGAGGCAAACAGCUGCUGGAAACGUUGCCGGCGUGCCAACGCCCACCUCUGCUACCUUCCCUCCGUCCACGCCGGCAAUUGCAAUGCCCCCAGCACCAGGGUUCAGACCCCCCAUUUCCCGCUCAGGCAGCAGACCGCCCCCUGUGCAGACAGGGACUCCUGGUCCAGGUACUCCUCGCCACGCCCAUCCUCUGCCUGCGCGGCCGGCGUCGACCCAACCAGGGACACCUAGACUGGGUGCGGCGAUGGCCGUCGAUUCCGCUACGCUGAAAAGGGGCACGAAGCGUGAGCUCGAUGACGGCGCCAACGGCCAUGUCCCGGGCACUCCGCAUAACGGGGCAGUCACUGUCAUGCCCAUAUUGGGCGCGAAAGCCGGCGUCCCCGGAGCUCGACCACGACCUAUCAAGAAACAACGCAUGGACAUGCAGGGCCAGGCUCGUGAGAUGCCUAUCCAACAACCGACGCCUCAAGGUGUAUGAUAAGAAUCUUUCUAAUCGUUUAGAUAUCGCGAUUUCUCCGCAACGGCACGAUGCCCGCCUGUCCUUCACACCCAUUGGGCAAUCUGGCAGGACGGUGCCACCAUUUUUACCUUAACAGUCCAGCAUGCAUUACAUUGUAACUCGCGUAGCACAAAGCAAAUUAGCACAAUAUCGG